AGGAACGCAUAGGGAGAUAGAAAGAAUAGAAGAAGAAUAUUGUAUAUAAGGAAUAAAAAAUUGUUAGGUUUUAGCAUAUCAUCUCCAGAAAUAAUCAUUUUUUGCAAAAGUUAAUCAUGAAGUGGUUUGUGUUGGCUUUAUGUUUUGCUUGUGCAGCUGUGUCUCUUGGUGCCAGGAGACGCUGCAAAUCAGCAGAUGAUUGUGAAGAGGGCGAAUGCUGCGUGACUUAUGCUAUUGUAUCAUUUUUGGGAGGUGUCUGCCGAAGUCUGAGAGAUGAAGGACAAUCAUGCACACCAAUCAGCAAAAAAGACCAAGAAGAGGAGCCAAAUAUGCAUAUUUUCCAGUGCCCAUGCAAAGAAGGCCUUGAAUGCGUGGCUACUCAUGAAUUAACCGUUUUUGGACAUGUUAUUAAACAUAAGCCAGAAUGCGUUGUACCUGGAAAAGAGGAUUUGAGUACAGCACAACCACCUGAACCGGAAACAAAAGAGCCUGAACCUGAACCAGAAACAAAAGAGCCUGAACCUGAACCAGAAACUGCCGAACCAGAUCCAGAACCAGAAGUUGAAGAAGGACCAGGAGGAGAACGUCCAAGGGACGAUGACUGCGAAGACUGGACAUACGGAUGUUAAUAAAAUAUAAACUUUUUUAAAAUAAUAUUGCUUGCACAAUAAAUGAAAUUAUUGAAAAAAGUUUAAUUCACAAAAGUAUGCCUUACAUUUAUCUAUUUUUUUACAUUUUCAAAAUGUGAUUAUAUUUUCAAAAAAGAAAUAGAAUAACAAGUAAAGAUUGCAGUAUGAUUAUACAAUAAAUAAAUUAUUGAACUAGACAAUCGUAAUAUGCAGUAUUAAUUUGCAAUUAUUAUGUUGAACAAGUAUAUUAUCUGUGCUUCAGUAUUUUGUUAAAAUAUACAAUAAACUUAGCAAGCAUUA